AUGAGGGCUGAUUUAGGAUGCUACCAAGGCACAGACUUCCCGUCACGUGAUGACCCUCAGAUUCACUCGCCAAAUAUCGACGCUCUAGCGCGGAAAAGCCUGCUCCUGAAAAAGGCGUACGUACAGCAGGCGAUUUGUAGUCCAAGCCGAACGUCAUUCCUUACGUCACGGCGACCGGAUACGACGCAUGUUUACGAUCUGGAUACGUACUGGCGCAAAAAGAGCGGGAACUUCACGACUAUACCACAGUACUUCAAAAACCACGGAAGGAUAACCGCCGGUAUGGGUAAAAUAUUCCACCCGGUACUUAAUAGUCAUGAGGAUGCCCCUUAUUCGUGGACGGAGCCGUACGUUCAGCCGCGACCAUCGAGCUACGAAGGGGCUAAAAUAAGUCAUAUGUACCUAAACGAUUCCCAGCUCGCGAACGACCCGCUUGUAGAUGAAAAAAUCGCGCAGGCUGCUGUAAGAGCUCUGCAGGAUUUUGCAACGGGUGGCAAAUACGCGGAACGUCCGUUCUUUCUCGCUGUAGGUUUUUCUAGGCCACAUUUGCCGUUUGUGUCGCCGGUAAGGUUUUCGCAAUACUACCCUGCUAGUUCAGUUCAUCUUCCAAGCAAUCCGUACGCACCGACCAACAUGCCGCGCAUCGCAUGGUGGUCAAGUUUGGAGUUGAUUAACGGUUACACGGACAUUACAGCUUUAAACUAUCACGGGAACAUAAAUGAGACGCUGCCGGAUAAUGUCGCGCGCGAGCUCAGGAGAGCGUACUUUUCAGCGAUAUCGUGGGUUGAUUCGUUAGUUGGCGUCGUUUUAAAUGAACUGGAACGCUUAGGGCUUUCCAAUGACACUGUUGUUUCUCUUCUCGGCGAUCACGGAUACCAGCUCGGAGAGCACGGCAUCUGGACGAAGCAUUCGAAUUUCGAGUUGGCCGCGCAUGCGCCUAUGAUGAUUCGGAUCCCCGGCCUCACCGACAACGGAAUCAUUACAAAUCGCCUGGUGGAAUUUGUGGACUUGUUUCCGACGCUUGUUGACGCGGUCGGUUUACCACCGAUUCCCGUUUGUCCCGAGAAUUCACAGAACGUGCUCACGUGUACGGAAGGUGAGAGCUUUAUGCCGCUGGUCCAUAACGCAACAGCUGCGUGGAAACACUCUGCGUUUUCGCAGUACCCGCGCGGCGCUAGAAUCAUGGGUUACUCACUGCGUUCAGAUCGUUACCGGUACACGGAGUGGGUCGAUUUCAACAACCAAACCUUUAAGCCGGAUUGGACCAGAAAUCACGGCACGGAACUGUACGAUCACCAGACGGACCCCGACGAGAAUCAUAACGUAGCGUCCGACCACGCUAAUGCAGAUCUGGUGAAAAGCAUGGCCUUUCGACUACAUGCCGGCUGGCGUCACGUAAGCCCGUCAAUCAAUAACCCAACAAUAGUGGGAUGA